AUGGGCACAGCGGGCGAUCGCCUGUUGGACAUUCCCUGCAAGGUGUGUGGCGAUCGCAGCUCCGGCAAGCACUAUGGAAUCUACAGCUGCGAUGGCUGUUCGGGUUUUUUCAAGCGGAGCAUUCAUCGCAAUCGGAUUUACACCUGUAAGGCCACCGGCGAUCUCAAGGGUCGCUGUCCGGUGGACAAGACCCAUCGGAAUCAGUGUCGCGCCUGUCGCCUGGCCAAGUGCUUCCAGUCGGCCAUGAACAAGGAUGCUGUGCAGCACGAGCGCGGUCCCAGGAAACCGAAGUUGCACCCGCAACUGCAUCACCAUCAUCAUCAUGCUGCUGCCGCCGCCGCUGCAGCGCAUCAUGCAGCAGCCGCCCACCAUCACCACCAUCAUCACCACCACGCCCACGCAGCGGCCGCCCAUCAUGCGGCAGUGGCUGCAGCGGCUGCCUCCGGGCUGCACCACCACCACCACGCCAUGCCCGUCUCGCUGGUGACCAAUGUCUCGGCCUCGUUCAACUAUACGCAGCACAUCUCCACGCAUCCGCCUGCUCCGGCGGCGCCACCCAGUGGCUUCCACCUGACGGCCAGUGGCGGCCAACAGGGACCGGUUCCACCAGCUGGCCACCUGCACCAUGCUGGCGCCGGACAUCAGCACGCCACGGCCUUCCACCAUCCGGGACAUGGACAUGCGCUGCCUGCCCCACAUGGCGGCGUGGUCAGCAAUACCGGCGGCAACUCGAGCGCAAUCUCCGGCAGCGGACCCGGCUCCACGCUGCCCUUCCCCUCGCACCUGCUGCACCACAAUCUGAUCGCGGAGGCGGCCAGCAAGCUGCCGGGCAUCACUGCCACAGCCGUUGCGGCGGUGGUGUCCUCCACCAGCACGCCCUAUGCCUCGGCGGCGCAGGCGUCGUCGCCUAGUAGCAACAACCAUAACUACUCCUCGCCCUCGCCCAGCAACUCCAUCCAGUCCAUCUCGAGCAUUGGAUCGCGCAGCGGUGCUGGCGAGGAGGGCCUCAGCCUGGGCAGCGAGAGUCCGCGCGUCAAUGUGGAAACGGAGACACCUUCGCCCUCGAACUCGCCGCCCCUGAGUGCUGGUAGCAUUUCGCCAGCGCCCACGCUGACCACCUCGUCGGGAUCGCCGCAGCACCGCCAGAUGUCGCGGCACAGCCUGAGUGAGGCAACCACUCCACCCAGCCACGCCUCUCUCAUGAUCUGUGCCAGCAACAACAACAACAAUAACAAUAACAACAACAAUAAUGGAGAGCACAAGCAGUCGAGCUACACAUCCGGAUCACCAACACCCACAACGCCCACGCCGCCACCGCCGCGUUCUGGUGUAGGUUCCACCUGCAACACGGCCAGCAGCUCCAGCGGCUUCCUGGAGCUGCUGCUUAGUCCGGACAAGUGCCAGGAGCUCAUCCAGUACCAGGUGCAGCACAACACACUGCUCUUCCCGCAGCAGCUGCUGGACUCGCGGCUGCUCUCCUGGGAGAUGCUGCAGGAGACGACGGCGCGACUGCUCUUCAUGGCGGUGCGCUGGGUCAAGUGCCUCAUGCCCUUCCAGACGCUCUCCAAGAACGACCAGCAUUUGCUCCUCCAGGAAUCCUGGAAGGAGCUGUUUCUGCUGAACCUCGCCCAAUGGACUAUACCGCUGGAUCUAACGCCCAUCCUGGAAUCACCGCUCAUCCGCGAGCGUGUGCUGCAGGACGAGGCCACGCAGACGGAGAUGAAGACGAUCCAGGAGAUCCUGUGUCGCUUCCGCCAGAUCACACCCGACGGCAGCGAGGUGGGCUGCAUGAAGGCUAUCGCCCUGUUCGCUCCCGAGACCGCCGGCCUGUGCGACGUGCAGCCGGUGGAGAUGCUGCAGGAUCAGGCGCAGUGUAUCCUCUCGGACCAUGUGCGUCUGCGCUACCCGCGCCAAGCAACCCGCUUCGGCAGACUGCUGCUCCUGCUCCCCUCUCUGCGAACCAUCCGAGCGGCCACCAUCGAGGCGCUGUUCUUCAAGGAGACCAUCGGCAAUGUGCCCAUUGCCCGGCUGCUGCGCGACAUGUACACCAUGGAGCCGGCCCAGGUGGACAAGUGA